CGACUCGAAAACGAUCCCUACAGAAUAGCUGUAAACUUUCCCAAACCAGACACGUACUCACGAGAUGACCCCUCCUACUGCCAAUGAAAGGUUCGGACCGGUCGUACCUGACGCACCGGCCAAACCACCAAGCAACGACAUCAAGCUAUCAGGCAAAUAUGCAACGAUAGUCCCACUCCACCCGGACCACGCUGCAGACUUGUACGAGCUGGUGAGCGGUGAAGAAAGGGCAUCCUUAUUCGACUACCUGUUCGACGAACCGCCCUCAUCCUUGGAAUCGUUCCAAGCUAGUCUAGCAAGAAAAGCUGCCAUGACGAACCCCUGGACCUACGCCAUCCUACACCAAACCAACACGCAAGAAAAAGCUCGGGCCGUCGGCAUGGCAUCAUUGAUGCGGAUGGACCUUGAAAACCGUGUAAUCGAGGUGGGCAGCAUUCUCUAUACUCCACCGUUGCAACGCACGCCUGCAGCUACAGAGGCCAUGUAUCUGCUAGCCCGCUACGUGUUUGAAACGCUCGGAUUCAGGAGAUACGAGUGGAAAUGCAAUAGUCUGAAUCAACCAUCACGUCGAGCGGCCGCGCGAUUGGGGUUUAGCUAUGAGGGCACGUUUAAGCAGCACAUGAUUGCUAGGGGCCGUAAUCGCGACACGGCCUGGUUUGCGAUGUUGGACGGCGAGUGGCCUCUGGUAAAAAAGGCUAUGGAAAGAUGGUUGAACGAGGAAAACUUUGAUAUGGACGGAGGACAAAAGAGGAAACUGGAGGAGUUUAGAGAUUCGUAAAUGUCAUGAGUGUAAAGUUUGUGGUUUCUCCUCCAUUGGAUUACUAUCAAUCAUCGUGGGGAGGGCUUCAAGUCCGGAACGUCAAGGUUCGUGGUAUUUAGAAAAUAAUGAUUCGCUUCUCCAGGUUGGGGAUCGCUAUACACAGUAGAACAAUAUCACUUUAUCCAAACAGAA